AUGAGCAUCGCGUCACGUGCACAGCUGCGAUACACGCAGCUGAGUGACACGCAUGACGUGAAGGGUGGGAGAGUGGAAGGACGCGACUUGUCGAUUGUUGCGGAGCAGAAAAGGGAACACAUGGAAAUGAUCGUUGUCGCGCAAAACGACAGCAGCAGCAGCAACAGCAGCAGCAGAAGCAGCAGCCACUCAGCGGCCGGAUUGAACAGCGCCCGCUGCCGCAUCGACGAGCCGACAAACUUCGGGCACACGCCCAGCACGGACUCCACGCUAUGCCAGGAGCUGAACAGCGCUAUCCAUCGAUCGAUCCAACCAACCGUCUGCUGGAAGUGUCGCGAGUUGCUUGCUGAAAGAGGGCAGGACUGCUGCGCUCGCUCUCUUCCCUCACUGAGUUAG